CUGGGAGCCAGUCGCCUGCAGAUAGUGGUGCGGGAAGGAGUGUUGCGCGUGGCUCACUCCGUUUUCUUUGCCUGUCACUGUUUUGCCCCGGGCCGUGAGUUGCCCCUGUGACCUGACACGGGAAGCAGGCCAGGGCAGGAUGUGUGACGCACGAACAAAGUGGCGCCAUGGCCUGCACCUGUGAUGCCGUAACUAUUUCGUGGCGCGGAUUGGUGAGGAGUUUGUUGUAAGUUGGCAACGCACUCCAGUGACUGACGGACUGACCGCACGUGACGCCCGCCUGAUGUAAAGGCCCAUCACUCACCUUUCCGAACAGCAGCCGUGUUUAGAUGACCGGGCCUGCAUAACACAAGCGAACCACGUGACUGCUGCAAGGAAGGAAGGAAGGAAGGAAGGCCCGGGGAGAUGGAGGAGUCGUGGGCCUGCUUACCUGCUUACCUGCUGCUGCUGCUUGUGAUAGUGGCCAGCGCUCCUACCUUCCCCGAUCCAGAGGAGUACGAGGAUUACGAAGGAGUGUACCUGGAGGAUGACAACGCCACAGGGUGCAUAAAUGGCCUGGCGGAGGAGGAUUUGUCGUGCCUCUGUCAUCCGUGCUGGGGUGGCGUCCGCUGCCAGUCGUACGAGGACAACUACGCCCCUCGGUUUCUUGUCCACGCUGCUACUGCUGUUGUGCCCGAGAAUAUUACAGGCUCUGUGUACCGGGCCUGGGCUACUGACGGGGACCUGGGGCUGACGUGUCCACUGGGGGGCGAGCAGGUAACCCGGUGUCCCUGCGCGGCCGUCACCUACCAGCUGUUUGCGGCGCCCGGGGACCACCGUUUCGCCCUGCACCACACGACGGGCGUGCUGUCUAGGAACCUCAGCGGCGCCGCCCUUAUGCCCGGCCAGUCCUACACCUACAAACUCAUGGUGCAGAGCCUGCCCAAGCGAGGGAGGAUCCAGGACUUGCAGUACGACAUCCUGGACCUGAGGAUUUACGUCAGCCCGGACUACGUCACCAUCACGCCGUGGACAUGACCCACGCCCGGGGGCCCCCGUCACCCGGCCCUCGCCCUCCACGGACUCCUCUGAGUCGCACGCCGCACCAACGCAGACCUGACGCCGCCUCUACAUUCUCUGCGUCACCCUGGACUGCGUCAGCGUUAAGGGCUCCUGCAGGGUGAUUUCUUGGUCCUGAUCUGCUCUUGGGACCUGCAGGGCCGCGAAGUCCUCCUCAUGGCGCUCUAGAACCUUUUGUUUGUCUUUACUCAGCACCGUCAAAGCUCAUUCAUUCUCCAUGUCCUUGUGUUCCAACAAAGUCGUUAGUCCCAAGAGCCUCUUCAUCUCACCUCACGGCACCCAAGGGCGUCACCAUCCUCUCCUCCCCUUCAAGUGCUGCAGGCGUUUCCCGACGUCCCUGGGGGGACCGCGGCGGCUUCCUGAGGGCGGGGAGGCGGUGAGGGAGGCGGCGUCUGUCAAGGAAUGAGGGGACGAAGAGCAAUUCAAUCAACCAGGAUUAAGAUUCCCUUUCUUGCUCCUCUCAUAAUUGACGUCUACUCCUUUCCUAUUCCAUCCUCCUCUUCCUUCUUCCUUCCCUGCCUUCCCUUCGUCCCCACCUCCUCGGCUCCACCUCCUGGCCUCCGCCGGUGUUAACAAAGACAACCGUGGCGGCGUGUUUUCCAGGAAGACACAAUGACCGGCGGCGCCACUGAGGUUCCUUGUCCACGUGAUUGUGAGAGUCGCGCCAUCAGGGCAUUGCGUGUCCAUGUGGCCUCGCUACGUGACCUGAGUUCGUGUCGUGAUACAUUCAGUCUAUCCUCCCUCCUUUCCUCCCUACUUUGAGCUCUGGUUCCUCCUCCUCCUUACCCUUUCGCCUUUUUCGUCCGUCUCGCCCCAGUUCAUCUUGUCUUUCCCCUCCUCUCUCCUUCCUCCCUUUUUCUACCCUGGUUCGUCGUACUGUGUGUCUUCUUCCUCCUCCUCCUCCUCCUCCUCCUCCUCCUCCUCCUCCUCCUCCUCCUCCUCCUCCUCCUCCUCCUCCUCCUCCUCCUCCUUUCUUUUCGUUCCGUCUCGCCCCAGUUCAUCUUGUCUCUCCUUCCCUCCACAUUCCUUCCACCCUUGUCCGUCUUGCUCAGUCUCUUCCUCCUUUUCCUUCUUCUUUCCCUCCUUUUCCUCUCCUCCUCACCUCACUUCAUCUUGUCUCCUCUUUCCUCUUCAAACUGCUUUCCCCAUUGCUUCCCUUUAUCCUUUUCCUCUUCACCUUUGGUUCUUGCUCUGUGUAGUUCUCCUCUUCCUCUUCCACCUCCUCCUCCUCCUCCUCUUUCUCCAGCCUUUCAUAGCCCUCAAUCCCCCCUAUCCCUUCCUUCCUCCUCUCCCUCCCUUCGCCCUCUCCCUCCCUUCCCGAACACCCAUGUGCAUAAAGUUUCUCUGUCUGAGGUCAAUGUUGCGUGUUGAGGUCUGCGUCAGUAUCGAGCCUUCGUGAUAAGUCUGGCGUGCGUGGAGCUGGUCUGGUCUGCCCUGGUCUGGUGUGGUAGCGGCCUGGCCUGGCGCGUCGCUACUCCGCCUCUUGGAAAAUGACUUGGCGUUGGGUGUGCGGCGCGAAUCUGGGCUUAGCGAUAGGGAGGGAGGCGAAUUGCUGGGAACUUGUGUCUGGAGUGCUGGUGGUUCUGGCGGGCGUGAGGACGGCCCAUCCCGCGCUGCCAACUUGCCCUUGAGUGAUAGGAGGUCGUUUAUCUAGCAAGUUCCGCGCAGACUGGCCUGGCUGUGUUGCGAAGUUGAGAUGACACGAGACUCUUUGAUCCUCGAUUCCGGAUGGAGACGCAGAAAUGGAGGGACGGGAGAAGGGACGGUGGGAUGGGGAGAGAUGGGUGAGAGAGAUAAAGGGGAUGGGAGAGAGAGAGAGAGAGAGAGAGAGAGAGAGAGAGAGAGAGAGAGAGAGAGAGAGAGAGAGAGAGAGAGAAAUAUAGAUGCUGACAUAGAAAGACAGAAAAAAAAAACAUACAGACCCAGAAACCAAAAUGAACUCAGACAGACAGACACAGAAUCCAAGAAAGCAGGUACAAAAACAAGCAAAAAGGAAACGGAAACCAGCACGACACACACAAACAAACAAACAAAAAAAAAGGCCCAGAAAUAACCAUGUCGACAAAUAAACAGACAAGGAAAUAAACAAGAGGAGAGGAAGUAGGUUAGACGUGAUUGGCUGAGAGAAAGAGAAGAGAGAGAGAGUGAGUGAGUGAGUGAGUGAGUGAGUGAGUGAGUGAGUGGCGUGAGCAAACGUCCUCUUGUCUUUUAUUGGGAAGCUCCUCUUACUUACCCCAAGCUAUUUGUUAUUCAUGCCUCCUCCUUCCUCGCUGUUUAUGGGAUGCGUGGGGUAACGUUUUGGAGGCGAUUCAUUCCCAUCUUUUAGGCUCCUCGCCCCGCCCGAUCCCGCUCCCAGCCUGCCUCACAUCCCGCCUGCACCUCAACACAGUGUACAAAUUGAGUUGCCGCGUGUACGAUGCGCGCAACCCGUGGCGGUGCAAGGAAAUGGCCGGUCCGUGAGGCAUCUUGGGAACGAGCAGCGGUGACGGGACGCGCCUUGUUUGAGAAUGGUGUUAAUUAGUGAGUGUCGUGCGUGUCGUGAGUGGUCCUGGGCUGGGUUGUGUAGACUGGAGUCCUCAGGGGAAGUGUUAUUGCGCGUGGACGUGUGUCGUGCGCCAAAUGUCUUGUUUACCAGGGAAGCAUGAUGAGAGAGCGUGAUACGAAUCUCUUUUUAUGGCGUUGUUUUUGAAAAGUUUUGCUCGGGUGUAAUUUGCAGGAAAGUAAACAUGCACGUGUUUGCGUGUGUGUGUACUGAAGACUUGUGUGAGGCUUUGCGUGCGCGACAGACGCCUCAUAAAUGUGAAACUACUUUGACGUUUGUGUCGGCAAGAGACCACCAGCCAGACAGCCAGCCAGUAAGCCAGCCAGCUAGCCAGCCAGCUUUCAGCCAGCCAGUCAGCCAGCUAGUCAGCCAGCCAGCCUUUAGCCAGCCAGACAAAACAAACAGACAGACCUCAGUACCUAAACAAACAUAUCAUUAGUCUUGCCAUGUCGUGGGCGGCGAGGCAAAGGGGUCCGGGUGCCUCACGCCAGCCAGGACCCGCCGCUGAGACACUCACGUCUCGGCGCCUCGGGGUCCGCGUGGAGUCACGGCUGGACUGGUUAUUUAUCUCACCCCGGCACACCCACACGUGUUUCUCUGUGUACGUUAUCUUGUGGUGGACGCAUCGACUUUUCUUCGGUACUAGGACGUAGGAAAUGAAGGUUAGUGUUGAUAUUUUUAGUACAUAUCACUGACCUCUCCGUGGGGGUCUUGUGGGGCCUCCGAGGACCUGGUGAGGUAAGGACGUGUAGAGUAUUACUGGUCACACUUUUGUCACCCUUGCCUUGCCGUAGUGCGCAGGGCGAGGGCGGUGUUGUAGCGACAGCCAGUGUUGUACCCGGUGUUGUAGAGAAAUAAACUUGAUAGUUCAAA